AUGGCACAACAAUUUUCAACCCAUAUUAGGGUUCUCGUGGUUGAUCAUGAUAUCAAUCUUCUCAAUGCUAUUGAGAAAGUAUGCUAUAAAUUCAAUUACACAGUCAAGACAUGCUCCAAAGUUUCGGAUGCUUUAUAUCUUUUGAUGGAAAAAAAUAAUAGUUUUGACAUGGUACUAAUUGAAGCCAAAAUGCCUGAUAUGAAUUCAUAUGAAUUUUUGCGACAUGUUACACAACAAAUCAACAUUCCUGUUCUUAUGAUGUGUGUUGAUGGCUCAAGAAGUGUUGUGAUGAAGGCUAUUAACGAUGGAGCUUGUGAUUAUUGGAUCAAACCUUUGACCGAGGAUCUAAUUAUGAACAUGUGGCAACAUGUUGCAAGGAAAAUUUGGAAAGAAAAUAAAAACCUAGAAUUAAUGAGUGAAAAAUUGGAGGUUGAAGUCGGUAUGAAAAAAGGGGAGAGAUAUGAUUUAAAAUUGUCGUUAAAUGAUCCAAAGAUAGAAGGAGUGAUCAACACUAAUGUGAAAGAAGAGAAUUUUGAACAGAAUAAUGACAAACCUGAAUCAUCAGUAAAGAAGACACGUGUUACAUGGUCAUUAGAGUUGCAUAAAAAAUUUGUUAGUAUUGUAAAGGAACUGAACGUUGAUAAGGCAGGACCCAAAAAAAUUCUUGCAAGAAUGAAUGAGCCUGGAUUGACAAGAGAGCAUGUAGCUAGUCACUUACAGAAAUAUAGACUAUAUUUGAAGAGAGGAGAGACUAAGAAACAGAACAAAACUGCCGAAGCUACUACUGAAUCCAAGAUUUCAAAUGGAUCUUCAGAAUUUGAUUUUCAAGCUUACGAUGCUUCUACUGAUCAUCAUGUUGUUCCCAACAAUUUCAUACCAACAAAUUUUCCUCACCAGCCCAAUAAUUUUCCUCCUGAACCUAUAGUUAAUGCAGUUCCAGUUAAUGUUUAUCAAGCUGAUUCUGAGGAAGAAACAAGUUCAUCAACAUCUAUUAACCAGCAUCAGAAUUGCAAUGGAUUUGGGACUAAUUCUAUUAUUAAUCCAACAUUUAUAAAUACUCUUAAUGCACGAUUUCCAAACGCGCAAGUUCGAAACAUUUUCUUAGCCUGGCAUCAUCCCUCACCAAAUUCCAAUGACUCAACAACCUCUUCCAAUGAUCUUUGA